UCCGAGCGGUUCGUUGAACGAGAAGGUUAAAUUCGAAAGCGUAAAAUUUGAAGUACAGCAAGGAAAAUCCAACUGCAAUAUCGAAAAAAAACUCUCAACAAGAAAGAAGAAUAUUUUCAAAGCGUCGAAAAUUCGCAAUAACUCUCGAAACGCAUGUUUGAUGGCCAUUUACCGAAAAUCGUGUAUAUCAUCGUUCGCAAGGAAUCGUGGAUUUCUCGUUCAGAUACGCAUGCGUACCGAACGGGGGGACCUGAACCGAUAGGAGCCGAGCGUUGUCGAACACGGCCGAUACCGGGCCAACUCGGCUGCGAUCCGGAGCCGGCGCGGCGGUUAAGCGACGAAAAGUGGGGUUAGGUCUUUAGUAGAGGGACGAGAGAGAGGACGAGUUUUCUCGGAGCGGCUGUGUACGAGGGGUCGAAGCGAGACAAAAGAGCGCCGCGGUGGUCGAGAGCGAGAAAGAGAGAGGGAACUAGCGACUGUGGAACGGGCUAGAACGAGAGGUGGAGAAAAGGGACGAGUGGCUCGUGGAACGGCAUGUCCUCGCGUGCUCGUGUCGUACAACGUUUCUGAACGCAGCCAUUACGACAGAACCGCUCUCGGUGACGCUUUGCUGCUCUCGGUAGAGCCGUGCUCACGCGCGUAGUGAUCGCGGAACGAUCGGAACGGGACGCACGUGUUUUGCCGGAAUUUCAACGAGGAUUUCGGUGACGGAAGCGGUAUAUCUGUGAAAGGUGAACCAAAGAAAAAAGGGAAAAACCAUAGCCCGACGACUGGCGUGCGAGCCGCACGAUCUCUACGUAGCUGUUUUGUUUUCGUGCGUGUACGGAGGCCCGGAGACGCUUCUUGACGCGCGGCGUCACGUCGCGCGUACCCUUGAUUGCCACCCUUCGAUUUCGCACGGUCCAACCACCGGCCACGAUCACGUAGACAAUUUUUAUAGCCAUUGUUUUUCUAGUUGACGAAUUUAAAACUAUCCAAGUACCGAACGACAGCGGUUCACUAUGUUUGACGUAUUCGGCUCGGUGAAGGGACUGCUGAAGCUCGAUGCUGUCUGCAUCGACAACAAUGUGUUCCGGUUGCACUACAAAGCCACCGUGAUCAUAUUAAUCGCGUUUUCGUUACUGGUCACCUCCAGACAGUAUAUCGGGGAUCCGAUAGACUGUAUCGUGGACGAAAUACCGCUUCACGUGAUGGACACUUACUGCUGGAUUUACUCGACGUUCACGAUCCCGGACCGAACCGGCAUCGUUGGCAAGGACCUAGUUCAACCCGGCGUGGCUACCCACGUCGAAGGCGAGGACGAGAUCAAGUACCAUAAAUACUACCAGUGGGUGUGCUUCACGCUCUUCUUCCAGGCGAUAUUGUUCUACGUCCCCCGUUACCUAUGGAAGACUUGGGAGGGUGGCAGAAUUAAGAUGCUCGUGUUGGACUUGAACUGUCCGGUAAUGAGCGAGGAUUGCAAGGUAGAGAGGAGGAAACUAUUGGUCGAUUAUCUAGCGACGAACAUGCACACGCAAAACUUUUAUGCGUUCCGGUUCUUCCUGUGCGAGGCGCUCAACUUCGUCAACGUGGUCGGCCAGAUCUACUUCAUGGAUUUCUUCCUGGACGGCGAAUUUACCACCUAUGGAUCGGACGUGGUCAAGUUUACGGAAAUGGAGCCGGAAGAGAGGAUCGAUCCGAUGUCCCGGGUGUUCCCGAAGGUUACCAAAUGCACUUUCCACAAAUAUGGUGCGUCCGGUACCGUACAGAAGUUUGACGGCCUAUGCGUGCUGCCGUUGAACAUCGUCAACGAGAAGAUCUACGUAUUCCUCUGGUUCUGGUUCAUCAUUCUGUCCGUGCUGAGCGGUCUGACGCUGGCCUAUCGUGCCGCGGUGGUCGCCGGCCCGAAGCUUCGUCUGGUGCUGUUGCGCGCCCGCUCCCGCCUCUCCCGUCAAGAGCACAUCGAGGCGAUCGCUGAAAUGUGCCAGAUCGGCGACUGGUUCGUUCUUUAUCAGCUCGGGAAAAAUAUAGACCCAUUGGUUUACCAGCAGCUGGUCUCUGAUCUUGCCGCGAAGUUACAGGGCAAAGAGUCCGUCUAGUUCACGCCGAUCCUUUUUCUCGACUCCUAUUUUUUCCGCUUGUUUUACACCCCGAAGCCUUUGCCUUUUAACCAGCCGAACCGAGCGUGUUACCGUUCACGACGGAAAUCGAGGGUCCAUUUUGCUUAUCGCCGCGAUCUACAUAGCGCCGCCCAAGCAUUCCAAUGUCUUUUCGAAGUGAUACAUUUAUCGUUAUUUUCUUUCCUUUUCUUUUGGUUUUUUACGCUCGCGACGUAUAAAUUGUCCCUCGAUGGUGCGCGAAUACGUUUGCCGAUUCGUAGGAAGGUGCCAAGCGAGAACCUAUCGGAACAUUCAAAUUCGUUAGUCCGUAUGGUUUUUUUCCUUUGUGCGAGUCACGUGUUCAUUCCCUUUCGCAUUUCGCCAUCUUAGGAAAGCGCAC